GGGUGGGAGGCGGGUGCGUCGCGGAGCGCAGGCCGCGGCGGCCGCGGAGUACCUAGAAGCCGCAGAGAGCGCGGCCCUGCGCCCCAAUCCUGGUCGCCCACCUCGCGCCCCUUCGUCCGCCCCGUGCGCACGCACGCCGGGGCCCUGCGGGGCUGGCCGCCUAGCGAGCAGGCCGUCCGACCCGGGCUCGCACAGUUACCCGGAGCUCCCCCCGGCCGAAGCGCACACGGAAGUGAUACUAGUAUUUCAAAAGAUGUCCUGGAAAAUAUAAGAGCAUUUGGUAUCUUCAGAAAUAGAUUUUUGGAUUGUGCAAUUUGGAAAACAGUUGUUAUAUCCCAUCUAUUGCAGCUCAGCUCUGAACGGGCUUUGGAAAGUAGAGAAGAAAAUCCAGUCUGCUUUUGGGGAUAUUGGACAGCCGAAUAAAUGCAGUAUCUAAAUAUAAAAGAGGACUGCAAUGCCAUGGCUUUCUGUGCUAAAAUGCGGAGCUCCAAGAAGACCGAGGUGAAUCAGGAGGCCCCUGAGCCAGGGGUGGAAGUGCUUUUCUACCUGUCAGACAGGGAGCCCCUCCAGCUGGGCAGUGGAGAGUACACAGCGGAGGAGCUGUGCAUCAGGGCGGCACAGGAGUGCUGUAUCUCUCCUCUGUGUCACAACCUCUUUGCUCUGUAUGAUGAGAACACCAAGCUCUGGUAUGCUCCAAAUCACACCAUCGCUGUCGAUGACAAGACAUCGCUUCGGCUCCAUUACCGGAUGAGGUUUUAUUUUACCAACUGGCAUGGGACCAAUGAUAAUGAGCAGUCGGUAUGGCGACAUUCUCCAAAGAAGCAGAAAAAUGGCUACGAGAAAAAAAAAGUUCCUGAUGCAACCCCUCUCCUUGACGCCAGCUCUCUGGAAUAUCUGUUUGCUCAGGGACAGUACGAUUUGGUCAAAUGCCUGGCUCCCAUUCGAGACCCGAAGACUGAGCAGGAUGGGCACGACAUCGAGAACGAGUGUCUGGGCAUGGCCGUCCUGGCCAUCUCCCACUAUGCCAUGAUGAAGAAGAUGCAGCUGCCAGAACUCCCCAAGGACAUCAGCUACAAGCGAUAUAUUCCAGAAACGCUGAAUAAGUCCAUCAGACAGAGGAACCUUCUUACCAGGAUGCGGAUAAAUAAUGUUUUCAAGGAUUUCCUAAAGGAAUUUAACAACAAGACCAUUUGUGACAGCAGCGUGUCCACGCAUGACCUGAAGGUGAAAUACCUGGCCACCUUGGAAACGUUGACAAAACAUUAUGGUGCUGAAAUAUUCGAGACUUCCAUGUUACUGAUUUCAUCAGAAAAUGAGAUGAACUGGUUUCACCCAAAUGACAGUGGGAAUGUUCUCUAUGAAGUGAUGGUGACUGGAAACCUUGGAAUCCAGUGGAGGCAGAAACCAAAUGUUGUUCCUGUUGAAAAGGAAAAAAAUAAACUGAAACGGAAAAAACUGGAAAACAAACACAAGAAGGAUGAGGAGAAAAACAAAAUCCGGGAAGAGUGGAACAAUUUUUCUUACUUUCCUGAAAUCACUCAUAUUGUAAUCAAGGAGUCUGUGGUCAGCAUUAAUAAGCAGGACAACAAAAAAAUGGAACUGAAGCUCUCUUCCCACGAGGAAGCCUUGUCCUUCGUGUCUCUGGUAGAUGGCUACUUUCGGCUCACAGCAGAUGCCCAUCAUUACCUCUGCACCGACGUGGCUCCCCCACUGAUCGUCCACAACAUACAGAAUGGCUGUCACGGUCCAAUCUGCACAGAAUAUGCCAUCAAUAAAUUACGGCAAGAAGGAAGCGAGGAGGGGAUGUAUGUGUUGCGGUGGAGCUGCACUGACUUCGACAACAUCCUCAUGACAGUCACCUGCUUUGAAAAGCCUGAGGUGCUGGGUGGCCAGAAACAGUUCAAGAAUUUUCAGAUCGAGGUGCAGAAGGGUCGCUACAGCCUGCAUGGCUCAGACCGCAGUUUCCCCAGCCUGGGGGAACUCAUGAGCCACCUCAAGAAGCAGAUCCUGCGCACGGACAACAUCAGCUUCGUGCUGAAGCGCUGCUGCCAGCCCAAGCCCCGAGAAAUCUCCAAUCUGCUGGUGGCUACCAAGAAAGCCCAGGAAUGGCAGCCUGUCUACCCCAUGAGUCAGCUGAGUUUCGAUCGGAUCCUCAAGAAAGACAUUAUGCAAGGUGAGCACCUUGGGAGAGGCACGCGGACGCACAUCUACUCUGGGACCCUGGUGGAUUACAAGGACGACGAAGGAACUUCUGAGGAGAAGAAAAUAAAAGUGAUCCUCAAAGUCUUAGACCCUAGCCACAGGGACAUUUCUCUGGCCUUCUUCGAGGCAGCCAGCAUGAUGCGACAGGUCUCCCACAAACACAUCGUGUACCUCUACGGCGUCUGUGUCCGGGACGUGGAGAAUAUCAUGGUGGAAGAAUUUGUGGAAGGAGGGCCUCUGGAUCUCUUCAUGCACCGGAAAAGCGAUGUCCUUACCACACCAUGGAAAUUCAAAGUUGCUAAACAGCUGGCCAGUGCCCUGAGUUACCUGGAGGAUAAAGACCUGGUCCAUGGAAACGUGUGCACUAAAAACCUCCUCCUGGCCCGAGAGGGCAUUGACAGCGAGUGCGGCCCCUUCAUCAAGCUCAGCGACCCCGGCAUCCCCAUCACUGUGCUGUCCAGGCAAGAAUGCAUAGAACGAAUCCCAUGGAUUGCUCCUGAGUGUGUUGAAGACUCCAAGAACCUGAGCGUGGCUGCUGACAAAUGGAGCUUUGGAACCACACUCUGGGAAAUCUGCUACAAUGGCGAGAUCCCCCUGAAAGACAAGACUCUGAUUGAGAAAGAGAGAUUCUACGAAAGCCGGUGCCGACCAGUGACACCAUCUUGUAAGGAGCUGGCUGACCUUAUGACCCGCUGCAUGAACUAUGACCCCAAUCAGAGGCCCUUCUUCCGAGCCAUCAUGAGAGACAUCAACAAGCUGGAAGAGCAGAAUCCAGACAUUGUUUCAGAAAAAAAGCCAGCAACCGAGGUGGAUCCCACACAUUUCGAAAAGCGGUUCUUAAAGAGGAUCCGUGACUUGGGAGAGGGCCACUUUGGGAAGGUUGAACUCUGCCGCUAUGACCCUGAAGGGGACAAUACAGGGGAGCAAGUGGCUGUCAAAUCUCUGAAGCCUGAGAGUGGAGGUAACCACAUAGCCGAUCUGAAGAAGGAGAUCGAAAUCUUACGGAACCUGUAUCAUGAGAACAUUGUGAAGUACAAAGGCAUCUGCACAGAAGAUGGAGGAAAUGGUAUCAAGCUCAUCAUGGAAUUUCUGCCUUCAGGAAGCCUUAAGGAAUAUCUUCCAAAGAAUAAGAACAAAAUUAACCUCAAACAGCAGUUAAAAUAUGCCGUUCAAAUUUGUAAGGGGAUGGACUAUUUGGGUUCACGACAGUACGUCCACCGGGACUUGGCAGCAAGAAAUGUCCUUGUUGAGAGUGAGCACCAAGUGAAAAUUGGAGACUUUGGUUUAACCAAAGCAAUUGAAACCGACAAGGAGUACUACACCGUCAAGGACGACCGGGACAGCCCUGUGUUUUGGUAUGCUCCGGAGUGUUUAAUUCAGUGUAAGUUCUAUAUCGCCUCUGACGUCUGGUCGUUCGGAGUGACUCUGCACGAGCUGCUUACGUACUGUGACUCGGACUCCAGUCCCAUGGCGUUGUUCCUGAAAAUGAUAGGCCCCACUCACGGCCAGAUGACAGUAACAAGACUUGUGAAUACAUUAAAAGAAGGAAAACGUUUGCCUUGUCCACCUAACUGUCCAGAUGAGGUUUAUCAACUUAUGAGAAAAUGCUGGGAAUUCCAACCAUCUAAUCGGACAACCUUUCAGAACCUCAUUGAAGGAUUUGAAGCACUUCUAAAAUAAGGAGCAUGAAUAACAUUUAAAGCCCACUGUGUAUCAGUUCCUCCCCUUACCCCACCCCCCCCAAAUACCCAAGCCAUUUAAAAUAAUUUUAAUGGAAAAACUGUUUUCUGUCUAAAAAGAUACUGGGUACGUAUCCAUGUAUAAGGCACACUGCGGUGCUUAGUACAUGUAAGUACUUCCUCUUCAUUUGUCACUGUGUUACUGAUGCCAAAUUUAAUGACAACGAAAAUAUCAGCACUCUUCCUUGUGGAGAGGCUGUGCCACCAUCCCAGUUGCAUACCAGAAUGGGAUUUUUUCAAAACCUCAACAAGAUUGAUUGCUUUCUCCCACCUGCCAGAUGAUUUUAAAUGUUCUCUGGCACGUAAAUCAAAAAUUAAUAGACUUAGUUGAUACUCUAACAUGCCCUACAAUUUCAUCAUCUAUACAGUGAUAGACCAAGCAUUCUUGAAAUAUUAGCUACCAGUUAGCAUACUGUUGUUUCUAUACAAAGCCGACUGUAUUCCUCUCACCAGUAGGACUUGAACUUUGAGUUGUUUCUUCAGUGGCUUAGCUCCUGUCCCCUUGGGUGACCUGUGGUCCCCACUUUUUUUUUUUUUUUUUUUUUGAGAGAACUGGUUGGACCCAGGGGACAGCUGUGGAAUAGAUCUUCGCUGCAUGAUGUUCAUUCUUGAGAACUCAGCCUGUGCCAGUGCUCUCCUAAACAGUGUACCUUUAAUCAAACUUGAUUCCAAGAACAUGGAUGCUAACUAUACAUGCUUUUAAGAAAUGUCAAUAUGUAUAUCCUUUGAUAGGCCUACCACUUAGGGGCAAGCUAUUACGGCAAUGGUUUUGGAGGCAGGAUGCAGCCAGUCCGAAUACAUACCACAUACAUUGCACUGUUCAUAGAGAGUUUCAGUACUUAGUGAUCCUAUUUUGACCAUCGCCCUAGGACAGAGAUUUUCAACCUUUUCAUCUCAUGGCACACAUGAGCUAAUUACUAAAAUUCUAUGGCACACACCAAAAAAUGUAUUUUUUGCCUAUCUGACUAAAAAAUUAGGUAUGAUUUUUGAUUCAUACACACUGGACAGCUGUUGUGCUGGCUAUUGUCAUUUCUGUAGUUGAUAGUCUAAGAGUAAAGAGGUCAGUGCCCCUGACUCAGUCAUCAGGGGUUGCAUGCUUUAAAAAUUCUUUCCACCUGGUUGAAAAUCUCUGCCCUAUGGCAACAGAACUUGAAAGCAAGACCCUGCUAGCAGCAUCAUGGAGUUCUGGAUCCGCCAGACAGUUUCCCAUUUGCUUGGGGGUAGCUGGGUCAUCAAAGAUGUCUGCUGUGUGAUUCAGUAUGAACCACACGAUCUUCAUGACUAAGAGUCUGAAAAACCACUGAUGCUGUCUAGCAUUUGUUUGACAUCAUUAUUUUUCACCUUUUGAGCCUGAAAAAGAGUUCUGAAUUGAUUCAAUGGCAAAAGUAAACUUGCCAUUUAAGCCUGUUCGAUAACCCUGUAUCACCAACGUGUCUGUGUCAAACCUGUGUCCAUUCUGUAUGCACUUUGUUUACUCUUUAUACAAAUAAAUAUACUAUAGACUUCA